UAAUGAGACGAUUACAUAACCCACCUCCCUCCCCGCUCGACCAUCUCUGCUCUGACUCUCGAGUCCGAGUCCCCGCAGCCGUCUCUCACGCACAGCCCCUCUCUCACGCCGUUAACAGCCCCUCGCCGUCGACACUGUUGGUCCGUUCCGUUCUCCUCUGCUUCCAGUUGUUCCCGAGGCUACAGAAUCAUAGAUAUUGUUUUCCCCUCUCUCGGCGAGCUAAUCGAUCAUCUCUGUUGGCUGAUGUGCCUACCACGUGGCAAGGCCAAUGGGGCAAACGGAGGGGGCACCAAAAGGGCAUCCCAUUUUCCAGCCAAAUGGUUACUGAUUUAAACCUCUAAAAACCCUGUAAUAUCAAAAUCCCCAUCUCCUUUGAUCCUCUCUUCGACUUGUUUCGACCCCUAAGCAACAUAUGGGAACCAGGGGAGUUAUUAGUGAUAAGUGGUCUAUGAGGGUUCUGUGGCUCUGUGCAAUUGGAAGUGCAGUGGGCCUAUAUAUGGUUGCUGUAGAAAGACAAACACAGAACAGGAACCGGAUGUUGGCUGAGAAUUUGAAGGCAAUGGAGGGUGAAGGCAGCGGCGAGCAUGCUUAAAUACAGGCAUAUAACAUGAUAGAAAGUUUGUAAAAUCUUUUUAAAGUGCUUUCCCAGGUUUCCAGAUUGGGCCAUCUGUUUAUGCACAAUGUUUCUUCUUUCCCUUUUCCCCCCUUCUCAUGGCAUCAAAUUUUCCGAACUGGUCGGCAGGCCUCUCAUUGAUAAUUAUUUACUUUCUUUUUAAGUUUAGACCAUAAAUUUAUCCCAUGCCAACAGUUAUUUAUACACAUUAUGUUCCUUGAGGGAUCGCCAUUAGGUUUAUAAUGGGAAAUUGAAAGAGUUUACUGGAA